AUGAUCUCGUUUCAGCUGCUGAAGGUGAAUAAGGGCCAGAUGUACGCUGAGGUGAGUAGUCUGGAUGAGAUGGGAAGGAUGAUCCGCGUCGUGUACAAUGAAAUCACGACUUUGCGGAUGGUCCGCGAGUCUUACCGAAAGAGCGCGAACAUGGGGGAGGUCCAGGAGGGAUAUUUGCGCCGGACGGCCGCUGAAGCGGUGACGGCGGCGGUGCGCAAGUUGAUAGCGCAGGUGAGCAGUAGCGGCGAUUGGGGGGCCAAGUCUUUGAAACGGUUCAUCCAUGCGCUGCAAAUGUACGCUCAGCCAGAGCUCCGGAAUCCGCUCGCGGAGGACGUGGAUGACGAGUUCUGGGCGGAACAGGACAUCCGACGACGCAACCAGGAGCUGGACAGGUUGCAACGGAAGGCCCGAGAGAUCCUGAUCCGCCUCGAAAGCUUUGUCGACUAG